UUUCGCGACUAACUAAGUAAGUUACGGUAUCUUAUUACGUGUAACAUUAACAUUUUCGCUUUGGAAAGGUAUCAGAGGAGAAGGUGUUGUGACGUCAUAUCGACCUUACCAUGAACAUACUGGCACUAACGGCCUAACGUUGCAUGUAUCUCGCGGUAACCAAAUGUAGAUCUGUCAAAUGGGUCUAAUGUGUUUCAAGUUUUGUUAGGUUAUUUUCUUUGCCGCCUAAUAAAUUAAUUUGCGUUCUGAGACUGAUUGAGUGUUGAUGGUGCAAUUUUAUAUUAAUUUUUGAAAAAAAAAUGUGUUCGUCAACAGAAGACAUGAUAGUUGAACCAGAAGCUAAUGAAGAAGAGAACUUGGUGGAGAUUUCUAUAAAUAGUAAGGGAGAAGACUACUCGUGUGUAGUCCCAUUACAUAUUGCCCAGAUUCUAUUAAAUGAUCAGGAACGAGCCGAUGCGUUUAUCGAAGACCAUAUUGAAAAUGUUACAAAUAAUGGAAACGACGACGAUAUUGAAAAUGUUACAAGUAAUGAAAACGACGACACACAACUUGCGAAUGUUUGGUAUACCAAAAGCAGACCCACAGUAAAAUGUAUGACUGCCACCAGCAAAUUGUUGGAGCUUCGAUUAAGAUUAAAAGACAACUUUAAUGACAAAAAAACUCAUAAGGAAACCUUAUGGCAACAAAUUGUCAAAGAAAUGCGCGAAACAGGGUUUAAUGUGGACGCAAAAAAAUGUAAACAAAAAUUCGCAAAUUUGCAGAAAACUUAUAUUAAGUGUAAAGACCAUAGGCGCAAAACAGGCACUGAGCGAAUUAAUAACCCCCCAUUUUAUUUUGAGCUGGAUGCGAUUUUAGGGGAGAAACAUAAAUGUCAUCCUCAAAAUUUACAAGACACUGAAGGUGAAGACUCCAGUACUAGCAUUUAUGACGAUCCCACACCAAGUACAAGCAGUACUACCAUGGCAAGCACUGAUAGUCAAGUAAAGGAAAAGAUAGGCAUUAAAAAUCGAUUUAAGAAAGUAAAGCAUGGUAUUAAACCAAAAACAUCCAACCAAAUAUAUCUAGAAUUCUUAACAAAACACUUACAACAAGAAGCACAGGAUCGCAAUCAGCAUUUUGCAGCAAUGCAUACGUUGUUCACAGAGCAAACUCGUCAGAGAGACCGAAUGCUGACAAUCCUAGAGAAAAUGACCAAAAAACGAAAACGCGAAAUGGAUUCCAGUGAAGAUGAAAAUUAAAACAGAAACGAUUUUAAAGACAAUGUUAUUUCCUUCGUUAGAAUUUAUGUUUUGUUGUUUUU